AUGAUUUUAUGCAUCAGAAAAAUUAAAAGGUAAUUGAACUAUUUAAUCUGAAAGUUUGAGCAGAGUGUAAAAUAUUUUAGAACGUAUGCGGAGGCGUCGACCCGCCAAAAAGUUGCAGUACUAGGGAUUACGGUCAUUCUCUUCUGGGUGCUAGGCUUAUUCGAUCGGCUCACAGAGGUAUUUGAGUCUUUUCCAAAAUUAGACAAGAGUUAGCUUACAGAAAAGCUUCGACGAGUUCAGCUGGCCGAAGGAGGCAUAUCAGAAAGUGCCGAGCACCAAGUUCACCUACUUUCCAAAGUGCAAAUUCGCAGGAAACGAUCCAAAACUGUUGAUAGUUGUGAAGUCGUCUGCUAGAAAUGGACAGGCAAGAUCGAAAAUGUUCAAUUCAUAAAAAUAGUAGUUUAGAUGCGUGAAUCAGUAAGGAAAACGUGGGGAAAGUACCAAAAAGCGGAUGGAAUCGAAGUGAUGCCUGUGUUCGUCGUGGGGCACUCGGAGAAUUCGGAAGUUCGGAGGCAGGUAGACAAGGAGAAGGAGGAGUUUAAAGACGUUCUCGAAAUAUCGAGCAUAGAUUCGUAUCGAAAUAAUACUUUCAAGGUAAGAAUUUUCACCUUUGUGCCGCUCAGGUCAUCCUUCCAGUUGUUCGCUGCCCUGGACUAUGCCUCGAGUCCCCGUGCGUGUACGUCUCCUGACUUUGUUCUUCUAGUUGAUGACGACUACAUAGUCCACGUUCCCAACUUGCUGAAAUUUGCAAAAACGCAACGGAGAAGUGAUCCAGUUUAUGAGGGAUUUGUGUUCCACACGUCACCAUUCAGAUUAAAAAUCCAUAAACACAGUGUAAGUAUGGCGAAUCUCUCGUUUCUCAUAAAUAAUUUCAGAUCUCCGUCGACGAGUAUCCGUUCUCUCGAUAUCCUCCGUAUGUGUCUGCCGGCGCCGUCUUCCUCACUUCGGAGACAGUUCGACGGUUCCAGAAGACAAUGCGGAGUCUGAAGAUGUUCCCAUUUGAUGACGUUUUCACUGGAAUUCUCGCCAAGACGCUCUCAGUCCCAGCAACUCAUAACGAGAAUUUCGUCUUCUGGAGUCGCCACAUCACUCGAAAUGAAUGGGACGAAGGCGUGAUUGCUGUGCAUGGCUUCGCUCGGAAAGAUCUCGAAUACGAGUAUAACCUAAUCUUCGGGUAA